UCCCCCACGGGCCCCAAGCUUCCCCCAGCAACUACCCCCGCUGGCCUAGUAACGCAAGACAGUGUUUUCCGUAGCGGGGUCAGAGAGCUCGAGGCCGCAGCCCUAGCUGCCCCGGGCGGGUUUCCGCGGGCUCGGCGACUGCAGCCGGGGCCCCGCUUCCCUCAGGCGUCCCGCCCCGGGGAGGGGGCAGCGGCCGCCUCCGGCCACACCUGUGGCGCGGCUGCGGAGGAAGCGGCCGCGGCUCCGUGAGGGCCGGUCAGCGCCCGGCGGCACCAUGACGGUGGGUGCGCGGCUGGGCGCCAAGGCGAGGGGCAGGUACUCCCGCCGCGGGCCCGGCGACGACCAGGUCUCUAUCCUGCCCGGCGAGGAGGAGGAGGAGGCGGCGGCUGAGCGCAGCGCGGAGGUCCCGCGGCCGGCGGCGCUGAACGAGGAGGAGAGUGCUGGCUCCAGGAAAGUGCGCUUCGCCCUCCUGCCCGACUCCUACGAGCCGCUGCGGCCGCCGGAGGCCAGCAAAAAGCGGCCCUACGCGAAGCGGCUGAAGAAGUACGGCAAGAACGUGGGCAAAGCUCUGCAGAAGGGAUGCCGCUACCUGGUGGUGGGGCUGCAGGGACUGGCGGCUGCCUAUUCCGCACCCUUUGGAGUGGCCACCCAGGUGGCCUCCUUCAUCCGCUAGUGCAGCCCCACGCACCUUGCCGCUGUGGACCUCAGGCUGCCACCGCUGUCCUGGGACCACUUCUGAGACCUGCGCCCCACAAACCUCCUGGAUGAUCAGUGCCAGCCCCGAGCCCUUCCGCCAGCCCCUUUCCCAGCACCCAAUACUCUUUUCUGAAAAAACUUCCAGUGCUUUAUAUAAUCAGAUUGGGUUGAAGAAACGUAAGGGUGAGGAAAUAAUCUUUGACUAAUCGAGCUCAAGUUCACUCUCAGACGUGAGUGGGUUUUCCAGUGUGCCAUGUGUGGAAGGGAGCUGAGGACAGAUGGAAGAGCAAGUAGAUGAGGGUGAGAGAAGUGAAAAGAGGAUGAGGAAAGGGGGGGGGAGGAGCAGCUGGGGGCAGCCAGAUCUGAGUCUGGCCAGUGAGAGGAAUUGCCAAAGCAGUGGAGGAAACAGAUAACAAGGGAUCAGGAAAAGGUAGUCUUUGGUUUUCUAAGGCUUUUUGUGUCACCUGCUCCAAGGGAGUUAAGAUUAUGAAUAUACUUAAAAAUAUACUUGGAUAUAAAUGGACUGUGGUCUGAGACAGGGAGAACUUUGCUGCAUCACAGUCGCUCAUUUCAAACACUGGACAUAAUGAGCCUUUAAAUCUGAAGACUGGUGUAAUGAUCCAGAAAGAAACUGAGGUGUGUUUGUCUUCUGAUUUGGGACAUUAAAGGUGCACUGUGAUUAAUAUUUCAAACUUUUCUUCUGCUGCUAUGAAAUCUGCAUGUAUUUUUUUUCUACUGAGAACACAGUUUAUAUCUGACCUACCUGAUUCUGGAAGCUGGGGCAUAAGAACACUGAGUUCUGUGGUGUUUCACCGGGCACAAAAAAAAUGGAUUACCAGCUGCAUCUGAAAAAAGAAAUAUACACAGAGCAUUUGGUGUAAGAAUGUACAACUGUUUUGUGUAAGAAGAGGGUCACAUAACCUUCCAGCUCCAUCUUCAUUUUCAUAUGUGGAAGUUGUAGCUAGAAGAUGUCAACGUCAGAUGGCUCAGCGAUGCGAUGCGGAUGCAACAGCUUCAGUGGCGCACCUUCAGAGAUCUCAAUCUUGUAUUGAUGACACAGGAACAAUGGGGUUUAUGUGCCUUCAACAUUCUGUGGGUUUGGGGUUUUUUACCAGUCUUCUGAGGUGGCAGUAAAUUACUUCUGUGCUAGCACUUACUCUGUAUUAUACAUCUUUCUAGGUUUGAUAGCGUUUUUGUAAUCAAGGAGUUGGCUUACCUGGAAAAAAAAAACAAUGUUGUUCAUUUGCUUCCUUUGUCUUUUUGAAUGAAGGGGUUUGCACGUCUCAGCAAACCACACUGCAUUUCUUUCAAAUGUAGCACAGGAAGCAAAGGUGGAAUUUUUAAUGCUCUUUUCUAACUGGACUGUAAAUAAAAGUAAUGUGAUGCA